AUGGGUGGUUGCGGUGAUCGGUGGCGGCCAGUGGCGGUGGCAGCGAUGGGUGGCGAUGGUCGAUGGGUGACAGUUGUUAGCGAUGGCGGCUGCGAUGGUCGGGGUUGGUGGUGGUCGGCGGUGGCAACUGGUGGUGGUGGUGGCGAUGACGGUGGAUGCUGGUGGUCGACAGUAGCGGGUGGUGGCAGCGGAGGAUGGUGGUGGUGGUCGGCAAUAGCGGGUGGUGGCAACGGAGGAUGGUGGUGGUGGUCGGUGGAGGGUGGCGUUAGUGGUCUGCAAUGGUGGGUGGUAGCGAUGGUAGUCGAUGGCCGUGGCGGAGGGCGGUGGUGGUAG